CGGCCGGGCCGGCGGAAGGUGACUGGGCUGAGAAGCGGCGCGCCGAGCGGCUUCAAGAUGAAUGCCAGAGGACUCGGGUCUCAGCUGAAAGACAGCAUCCCGGUUACUGAACUCUCUGCCAGCGGACCAUUUGAGAGUCAUGACCUUCUGCGGAAAGGCUUUUCUUGUGUGAAAAAUGAGCUUUUGCCCAGCCAUCCUCUUGAAUUAUCAGAAAAAAAUUUCCAGCUCAACCAGGACAAGAUGAACUUCUCCACCCUGAGGAACAUCCAGGGCCUGUUUGCGCCCCUCAAACUGCAGAUGGAGUUCAAGGCAGUGCAGCAGGUCCAACGCCUUCCCUUUCUGCCCAGCUCCAACCUCUCACUGGACAUCCUGAGGGGCAGCGAUGAGACCUUGGCCUUUGAAGACAUCCUCAACGACCCUGCACAGAGCGAGAUCAUGGGCGAGCCGCACUGCAUGGUGGAGCACAAGCUGGGCUUGCUGUGACCGUCGAUGUCCUGCAGCAUUAAAAGUACUCACACGG